CCCCUCCUGCGACUGGGAGGAUCGGGAGCGGUUGCUCGCAGCAGAGGAACGAGGACUCCGGGGCGGGGGGGGGAGCUAAGCCUUGAAGCUGUAGAGGUGCCGUACGCACGGUCGUGCCGUGCUGCCUGCAUGCUCCCUGGUGUUGUGGUCCGUGCAAGCUUUCCCGAGCCUUGCGGGCUUUGGUCCCGACGUUUUUGGUGGCCGCAGAGCGUGGCUGCGGUGCGGAGGUAGCGGCACGGUGGAAUUGCAGCGUGGAGCCCCGCAAGCGCCGGGCUCGCUGGUACGGGCUGCGUUGGCCUCGCUCUUCCGGAGCGUUGUGAGGGCAGAGCUGUGCUCCCACUCGAGGUUUCUUUUUCCUUGCUCGUCUCUUGUGUCUACCUACAAGAUUUCUCCGUGCCCAAAGGAAAUGUUUAAACCCUCCUGACACUUACGUGACACACAAAAGUUAUUAUCGGGGUUUUGACCUAGAUCACUCUUGGUGAUAAGCCUGUGUUGUUCACUUAGUGUUUCUUCACAGGAGAUAGAGAACAGGAUCGGAUUAGAGGGUUUUUUAAGCUGUCUGAAAGAAGUAAUAAAAGUGUAGAUAAAGGACACUAAAUGAGCAAAGCUUACACAGUUUUCCAAAAGCCUUUGGCAAGUGUCUGUGUACUGCGAAGCCAAGAACAGUUUUAUUUUCUUAAAUGGCAAAUAACUAAAAUGCUUCCAUAAAUGCUUAUGCCUGUGCUGACUCUGAACCCUAAAAUGAUGGAUACUUGGACGUGUUGACCGCCUUUCUCAUCUCAGAUUUGCUCUUGAUGACACCAAGAAGCAAAUUAUAAAGGGUUAAAAUGAAGUUUUCUUCUUCCUUGUUCUAUUUAUAAAGUAUUUAUAAUUAGUCACUUUAGAAAGUAUGUUACUUUUUCUAUAUCUGUGUAAUUUUUGGUAACUGCUUUACUGAUUUGUUUGUUUGUUUGCUGUACCACCUUCCUUUUCUAAGCUGCUCUUUGCCAGGGUUGUUAUAAGAAGUGUAUUCAAUAGCAGAGUGACCAUCUUUCAGGCUUAGCUUCAGUAAUUUUUUGGAUGCUCGUGUUGCAUGUUGUAUUAGUAAAAAUAUGAGAACAAUGGUAUUUUUACAUUUUUCUGCAGCAUCCAGGGAAGAAAACAUCUGAGAGUCACUGUGGAUGAUACUCUGAAAGUCAGUUCAAAGUGUAGCGAAAGUCAAAAAGUAAAUAGAAUGGUAGAAAUUAUCAGUUAAGGAAUGAAGUACAGAGUAUAAGACCAUAUCAUGCCACUAUAUAAAUUCUUGCUUCGUCCGAACUUGAGUACUCUGUGCAAUUCUGGACUCUGCCUUAAGUAAUAUUCUGUAUUCUGUUCAGGAUAAUCGUGAAGGUGGAGGAAGAGCAAUGGAGGUGAUUUUAUAUAUGAAAUAGCCUUGAUAUAAGGAGAGCAAGAGCACUGUAUACUGAUUUAUUAGUGGCAGCGUAGGCUAAGGAGUUGCUGUGCUUCUCUGUUGCCGGUGCUAGUACUCACGUGAUUGUAUAGACAGGUGGGUCAGUUGGUCUCUGACCAGAAUGUUACCAUGAUCAGGCUGUUUUUCGGAGGGGGGUGGGAACUGCAGCUUUGAGCAGGAGGGGUGGCAAAACUGGUGCGCUUCUGGUGCUAGAAUUGUUUAGGGACAACUUGAGCAUCACAGCAGAGGGAGGAAUGAGAGGGUGAGCAUGCAACGAGUCUGUAAAAUCACGAGUGGUAUGGAGAAGGUGAAUAGCCCCAGAGCCACGCAAAGCUGGAGACCAGGAGAGUAUUCAGGAUUUGAGUGUCAGCUUAUCCUGUAUAGAAACUGAAUGCCAUCUUGUUUCUCCCCAGCCCCAAAAGAAGAGGGAAACACAUCGUGAGGGCGAAGAAUAAAAAAGGAAAGUGUCUGAAAAAGAAAAGCAGCUCCUCAGUAUCUGCAGGGGUUGAGGGAGACCUGUGGCUUUUUAUUUGGAAGCACAGUUCAAAGAAGUUGCGUGUGCUAAAAAUUGGCCAGGUAUCCUUGAUUUCCAGAAGGCAUCUCAAAAUGUUGUGUCGAGCUGCUCUGAGCCCUCUUGUCCGUUCCCCUGGAUGGUGCUUUGUGUUAUCGCCACAUGCCAUCGCAGCCAUUUCACGUUUAUAUCUCCCUUGCCGUAACCAAAGAUUAAGGAAUGAAUCCAUCCGUUGUUGGAGCAACAUCCCAUUUAUCACCAUGCCACUCAGCCGUGCACAUGGAAAAUCAUUUGCACACCGCAGUGAGCUGAAGCAUGCAAAGCGGAUUGUAGUGAAGCUGGGCAGUGCUGUUGUGACUCGAGGGGAUGAGUGUGGCUUGGCCCUUGGGAGGCUGGCAUCUAUUGUAGAGCAGGAAAAACUGAUGGGAUCAACUCAUGGAUUGGUUCUCCGAAAAGAAGUGUCAAUGCUGCAAAAUCAAGGCCGAGAGAUGAUGAUUGUCACCAGUGGUGCUGUAGCUUUUGGAAAGCAGCGUUUGCGUCAUGAGAUCUUGCUUUCCCAGAGCGUGAGGCAAGCGCUUCAUUCAGGCCAGAGUCAGCUAAAAGAUAUGGCUAUUCCAGUCUUGGAGGCCCGAGCCUGUGCAGCAGCUGGCCAGAGUGGACUAAUGGCUCUGUAUGAGGCCAUGUUUACGCAGUACAGCAUCUGUGCAGCUCAGAUUUUAGUCACCAACCUGGAUUUCCAUGAUGAACAGAAGCGUCGGAACUUAAAUGGAACGUUGCAUGAGCUUUUAAGAAUGAAUAUCGUCCCUAUCAUUAACACUAACGAUGCUGUUGUUCCACCUCCAGAGCCGAACAGUGAUCUGCAGGGGGUAAAUGUUAUUAGCGUGAAGGAUAAUGACAGUCUGGCAGCACGACUGGCUGUGGAAAUGAAAACCGAUCUCCUGAUUGUUCUCUCAGACGUAGAAGGACUCUUUGACAGCCCUCCAGGAUCUGAUGAUGCAAAGCUCAUUGACAUAUUCUACCCAGGAGACCAGCAGUCUGUAACAUUUGGAACCAAAUCCCGAGUGGGAAUGGGAGGCAUGGAAGCCAAGGUGAAAGCAGCUCUGUGGGCCCUCCAAGGAGGCACCUCUGUAGUGAUUGCAAAUGGAACCCACCCAAAGAUCUCGGGUCAUGUCAUCACAGAUAUUGUGGAAGGGAAAAAAGUUGGAACAUUUUUUUCAGAGGUGAAACCUGCAGGUCCUACAGUAGAGCAGCAGGGUGAAAUGGCUCGAGCUGGUGGCAGGACCCUGGCGGCUCUACAGCCGGAGCAGAGAGCGGAGAUUAUUUAUCGUCUUGCUGACUUACUAACUGACCAGAGAGAAGAAAUUCUUUUGGCAAACAAAAAGGACUUAGAAGAGGCUGAAAAUAAAGGGAGAUUGGCACUUCCUUUGUUGAAACGUCUAAGUCUGUCUACAUCAAAGCUGAACAGCUUGGCUAUUGGUCUGCGUCAAAUUGCAGCAUCCUCGCAGGACAGCGUCGGCCGUGUAAUUCGGCGAACACGAAUAGCAAAAGACCUGGAUUUGGAGCAGGUGACAGUGCCUAUUGGCGUCCUUCUUGUGAUCUUUGAGUCCCGUCCUGACUGUCUUCCACAGGUGUCUGCUUUGGCCAUAGCCAGUGGAAAUGGCUUACUACUUAAAGGAGGGAAAGAAGCAGCACAUAGCAAUCAAAUCCUUCAUCAUCUGACACAAGAAGCACUCUCCAUUCAUGGAGUCAAAGAUGCGGUGCAACUAGUGAACACAAGAGAGGAAGUAGAAGAUCUCUGCCGUUUGGAUAAGCUGAUAGAUCUAAUCAUUCCACGUGGUUCAUCACAGCUAGUCAGGGAUAUCCAGAAAGCUGCUAAGGGAAUCCCAGUGAUGGGACAUAGCGAAGGGAUCUGCCAUGUGUAUGUGGACACGGAUGCCAGCGUUGAGAAGGUCACACGAAUAAUCAGAGACUCAAAGUGUGAAUAUCCUGCUGCCUGUAAUGCUCUGGAAACUCUCUUAAUUCAUCGAGACUUGCUGAGAACCCCGUUGUUUGAUCAGAUCAUAGACAUGUUGAGAGUAGAACAGGUGAAGAUUCAUGCUGGACCAAAGUUUGCGUCUUACUUGACAUUCAGCCCUUCAGAAGUGAAAUCUCUCCGCACAGAAUACGGGGACCUGGAGUGUUGCAUUGAGGUGGUGGACAGUGUCCAAGAAGCUGUUGAACAUAUCCACAAGUACGGAAGUUCUCACACGGAUGUUAUCAUAACAGAGAAUGAGAAAACAGCAGAGUUCUUCCUCCAGCAUGUGGACAGCGCUUGUGUCUUCUGGAAUGCCAGUACCCGAUUCUCUGAUGGCUAUAGAUUUGGACUUGGUGCUGAAGUGGGAAUUAGUACUUCUCGUAUCCAUGCACGUGGACCAGUGGGAAUUGAAGGACUCUUAACUACAAAGUGGUUGCUGAGGGGGGACAAUCAUGUUGUUUCUGACUUCUCAGAGCAUGGGAGCAUGAAGUAUCUUCAUGAGAGCCUUCCUCUUCCUCAGAGAAAUACCAACUGAGAACAUCAGGGCUGGGGGGAAAACCCGGGAUACAAAUAUUUCCUGAAGAUGUUCAGGCUUCAGGGUGCUCUCUGGGAAGGGAGUUUUGUUUUUCAUCUUCCAGAACAUUGUUCUUGGUCACUGUGCAGUACAGUGAAUACAAAAUGAUCCCAUCUGUGAGAUUUUUUUUCUUCCUCUGUUUCCUUAAAUAGUAUCUGCAAACUGACCUCACUUUUCCCAGACGCGGACUUCUUCAAAACAUACAAGUAUAACAAGGAAAAAAAUGAAAUAUCUGCUGCAUUCUUUUUUUAUCCCAGUCCUCCCUAUAGCAAGUAUGCUUGGUGGUGGAGCAUAACUUUUUUUUUCAUACAUUUUUGUUUUAUUCAAAUAUCUGUUCAGGAGAACAAACUUUAUACGGUGGUUUGUUUUUGGUUUUGUUUUUUUUCUCUUCAGUCUUCUGAUCAUGGCAGCUCUUGAAAGCUGGAAAGCUUUAUACUUCCUUUGUAUUUGAUCACUCCUGUAAUAGGGGGACAGAUGUUCCAAAUGCAUUGUAAGUUUUUGACCAAGAAACCUUUUAUAUCUAAUUUCUUUGUAUUGUCGACUGUUGUAGAUAAAUAACACGCCUGUCCACUA